GAAUUGAUUUUGAUUUAAACAGAUAUUUAAAUUGAGAGUCAAAUGGCUAAUGAAGUAAAUAAAGAUAGAUCUGUUGCGGUGACCACUGACCUAACAAAUAACAAAAACAAUAAAAAUCCCGAAACUGUCCGCUGGUCAUCAAAAGUUGAGUUUAUACUGACCUGUCUUAGCUAUGUUAUCGGCUUCGGAAAUAUUUGGAGAUUUCCAUACAUAUGCUAUAAAAACGGCGGCGGUGCAUUUCUUAUACCGUAUUUUCUGAGUCUGGCUUUUAUUGGAUAUCCAGUGAUUAUCUUAGAGAUGACUUUAGGACAGUAUUCAUCUAAAGGAAAAGUCAGUGUCUGGAAAUUUAUGCCUAUCUUUAAGGGCAUUGGCUAUUCAAUGUUAAUUAUGGUAUCGGUUCAGGCGCUCUACUAUAACGUAUUGAUUGGUUGGUCUUUCCGGUACUUUUUUGCCUCAAUUACUAUUAAUGAAUUACCGUGGAAGUCAUGCAAUCACUCGUGGAAUACUGAGGAAUGUAAGGCCGGGUAUGUGAACGGCAGUGCUAAGAGUCCCAGUGAUGAAUACUUCCACUGGAAAAUACUGGAUAUCAAUGAAAACAUUGAUGACAUUAGUCAAUUGAAUUGGUCAAUGGUUGGGUGUCUGCUUAUCGCUUGGAUCUUAUGUUUUUUAUACUAUUCAAUGGAGUCAAAAGUGUUGGCAAAAGGCAUAGUAAUGGAGGGCGCGUGGAAUGGUAUCAAAUUUUAUAUAAACCCAGAUUUUAGUAAACUGUUAACAUUAGGCAUUUGGGUGGACGCCUGUCAACAAAUAUUUUUUUCAUUGGGCAUAGCGUGGGGUACUAUCAUAACUUUGGCCAGUUAUAAUGAUUUUGAAAACCAUGUAAUUAGAGACGCCACUAUUAUAGCACUGGGCAAUAGCUUCACAAGUAUUUGGGCCGGUUUUGUUAUGUUUGCAUACAUGGGUGCCGUCGCCCAUAAACGUGGUGUUAGUGUUGCCGAUGUAGCCGUAAAUGGCUCGGGACUGGCAUUUAUGAUGUAUCCCGAAGCAGUUGCUAUGUUUCCUUGGGGACAGUUAUUCUCAUUUAUUUUCUUUUUGAUGCUAAUAAUGCUAGGAUUAGGUUCUCAAACACCAAAUAUUGAAAGUGUAUUAUCAGCUCUAAUGGAGUUUAACCCGAAAAGUCGAAAAUAUCGCAUUUGGUUAUUGGGUUUAGUUUGCUUUAUAGGAUUUAUAUGUGGAUUAAUCUUCUGUAAUAGAGCUGGGAUGUAUUGGUUUGUAAUAUUCAAUGACUUCGUUGCCUCGACAUCAGCAAUGUUUGUGGCUUUGGUUGAAGUGGUAUCCAUUGCAUGGGUUUACGGUAUCGACAAAUUUGCGGAUCACAUCAAAGAGAUGGUCGGACACCAUAUUAAGCCCAAAAUAGUCUGGAAAAUAGUUUGGUUAUAUAUUACACCCAUAAUCUUAUUUGUAUUACUAAUCAUAACAAUGUUGUCAACUGAAGCGCCUGAAUAUCGGGGCUAUAUUUUUCCCAAAUGGACGAUCAUUUUUGGUUGGAUUAUCAUUGUUGCACAGGUUAUCCCAAUACCGAUAGUCAGUGUUUAUUAUUUAUAUGUUUGCUAUAAAAAUAAAUCUGGAAUAAAAGAGGUGUCAAAUCCAAAUAUUUUAUGGAAAUCUCAAGACUUAAAAUCUGAUGUAAUUUCUCCUCAAACUUAA